AUGAAUUUUAACUAUAUAAACAGUUUAAGGCUGGAUUCACACGAGCCACUUUUUAUUGGUCAGUGGCCGCCACAAAAUAAUGGUCGAAAUAGAAUACACACAUCUCUAUGGGUGCAUGCACACGGGCCACUUUUUUGUGGUCGCCACAAAAGUGACAAAACAGUGGGAGUCUCGUCUACGCGGCCGUGCUGUGUAGACGUGCGUUGUCCUGUGCUCCGUCCGUGGAUGCCCUGCCUUCCACGGAAUAAACGGUGUCUAGAGGACAUGGCUAACGACCAUCCCUACUCGGCGGCUUCUGGGCAGUGUCCUGCCCCUGAGGAACGGCGCCUGUGGUCUGAGGAGACUGAAGAGAUGGCCGACUCUGCCGAACUUGACCCUCGCCUUUGUUCGGAGGACCACGUGGCCAGCGCUAGCAAGCGGCUCAAGCCAGAUAAUCCUGGCUGCCUCUCCCCCACUGCCUCUCCCGUUAAAGCUGCCACCGCACCCAUGGAGGGUGUGCAGUCUGGUAGCUCUGAGACUGUCCUGGUCGACGGUGAGGUGCCCCUGGAGGACACGCACCCAGCCGCGGCCCCGAGCCAACCCACCCGCCGCCGCCUAGACUUCCCCGCCGAGGCCGGGCUGACACCAGCCCAGCAAUACACGUGGUUUGCAUCUCUACUGAAGCAGCACGGUGAGUUGGAGCCGCUCUUCAAGGAGGGUAGGCUCCGACCUUAUCUCACGGUCAGGGACGACAUCGCCUUCUACAAGCGACUCCUCACUGAGGGGUUAUUCGACGUAGUUUUGGUCGAAAAUGCAGCGGAGCGGCAGCACACUGUCAUCAUCCACAAUGUGCCGCUCUACAUGAAUGCCAACCUCAUUGAGACCCCAGACAACUUUCUGUGGUUAAAGCGCAGGUAUGCGGGCACGGCCCCUCGCCCGCAGCUUCUUGGAGCAGUGGUUGGCCACGUCCCGACAGAGGUGCACCUCCUCGGGGUGGGUCGUAAGGCUGUGGAGCCCUACACGGCGGAGCCCGACAUUUGUCGCCACUGUUGCCGGUGGGGCCAUCAGGAGUGGCGCUGCAGAUCGGCCCCUCGGUGCCGGUAUUGUGCGGGCACGCACAAAUCAGCUCUGUGCCUCCAGAAGAUCCAGGCGGGCACACCCGUCCCCCGUAAGUGCUGCAACUGUGGUGGUGAGCAUAACGCCCACUACCACUCCUGCCCGAUGAAGCCUAAACCAUCUCGGGUCGCGGCGCCUGACCACCACCCUCAGCAAGGCCGCCCUAGGCUUGUGUUCCGCCCUGCUCCUCUCCCUCAGUCUUCGGCCUGGGCCCGGGGGGCUCCCACAACGUCCGAGUUUCCGCCCCUGCCGGGCUUGUCCGCCCCUGCUGCCCCAGCCUCACCCGCUGCCACCCCAGUGCCUCGCCAGGCUCCUGCUCCGGCACCCCAGCCACAGCCUACCGUCCCCCCUGUGCCGGCUGCUGGUUCCCCCGCUGUCGCUGGGUCGACCCCUGUCCAUCAGAUCCUCGCUGCAGUCACCCAGCUGCAGGAGACGCUGGCUGCAACGAUCUCCAGGGUGGCGGCCUUGGAGCAGCGAGUCUCCACGCCCCCGCCUGUGCGUGAGCUGUCCUCCAUCCCGGCCCCUGCUCCAGCUUCAGCCCCGGCCCCGUGCCCUGCCCUGCCGUCUGCUGGUGAGGCCAUGGACGCCGAUAGUGGGGACAGUGUGGUUCCCCCUGCGGGCCAGAUGCAGAACACCCCUGCAACCCCACCGGCUGUGGUGACUGCAGCUGCCGAGGGAACGGCCGAACCUCGCCAUGGCCAGACGGGUCCUUCACCUUCACCUGCUGAUCCUCCACUGCAGUGGGAGGCCACACUCCAGGUGCUGCUGGCGCAGUUUGCUUCCCUGACUCAGCAGGUGGCUGAGCUCCAUCAUCGGAUCACCCCACUCCUUGACCGGCAACCACCCCCUCCUGACCAGUGUUUGCUGAGUGACCACUUUGCCCUGGAGACGACCAUCCCGAUCCAGCCUGCCCCUGCUGUGUCCCGGAAGCGGUUGGCUGUCCCUGCUGCCGGAUGCCGCGCCUCGUUGCCGAAGUCGGGCGUGGUACCAUACUGUGAAGGGAUCCUUUACCGACGCCGCCUCGCUGUACCACGGCCUGCUGGACACCGUCGAGAGUUUUGUUGCAGCUGGCAGGGCCCCUCAAGGCCCAAGCGCCGCCUGCAGACCUACGCCUCGGACCCGGCUGUCUCCAACUGUCAGCGGACCCUUGCCUCGUACCAGCGGCGCUGGCAGCAGGACCCGCCGAUCGGGCUGCCCGCGAUGCCAUGGUCGCUGUGGCGCGCCACCUCACUGAACUCAGACAAGCUGCCCGGUCACGAGACUGGGUCGCCUUCCGUGCUAGCUAUCGCAUGA